CCCCCCGCGGCGGCGGCGGGGGGGAUGGCCGGAGGCCCCGCGGUGGCGGCCGGAGCGGCAGCAUCGGCGGCAGCUCCAGCGGCGACGGCGGCGACCUCCGGUGGCAGUGUUCCCCACGCGGCGGCGGCGGGGGGGAUGGCCGGGGUCCCCGCAGUGGCGGCCGGAGCGGUAGCAUCGGCGGAAACUCCGGCGGCAACGGAGCAGCGGAAGCAUGAGCAUAUGACGGAGCCGGAGAGCAUGGUGCAGAGCGGAGCAGCGCGCAGCGCGGUGUUGGCGGAACUUGCGCGGAUGGCGGGGGGGCCUUCGCGGGUGAGCACAUCUGCGGCACCUGUUGCCACACCUGCCCCCGCGCACUCGGCGGCGAUGGCAUCGGACGGACUGUGGACGGAGAUGGUGCAUGAGGGCGGGACAGGCGGGCGUCGGCGGGGGCAGCGGGAGUUCGUAGCGACCCCCGCAGUGGCGAGGUCGUGGGCGAAGCGAGAUGGGUCGGGGCCGGGGAUAUUUGCUCUUCUAGCCACGGAGGACGAGAUCAAGCGGUCUAUCGCCGAGCUUCCUGCACCGGGCGUCGCUGAGCCAGCCCUGCCGACGGGGCUGGUGUGCGACCUGGAGACGCCUGAGACAUACGGGGAGGCGCACGCGGGGCCCCACCACCACAUCUGGACCAACGCCGAACGCAAGGAGUUUUUCGGGCUGAAUGCAGUGGGCACCUUCGAGGAGGUCGGGGCGGAAUAG